GCGGCGAGAACCGUGUUUUGCAUUAGAUUUUCCAAUUAUUAAAAAUUCAGUAUCUUUGACAAUUUCCCUAAAACUGGGCGCGCGUCUUCUUUGCCGCCCGUCAAAAAAACACUCGAACACAGCAUUCAAAUUCCAUAUUCAAUGGCCCUCUAGUGUCUAUCUUUCUAUUUCUAAAGACCUUCUAAAGGUUUCGAGUCCUCGCACUUGUUAAACUUUGGAUAUUUUACUUUUAUUAAUGUUUAAUCGUCACUCGCUGAGCCAGAGGGGGUUCUUAAGCUCCCAUUGCAUGCUGGGAGAGUUUUGUUUCUGAACUUUCUUCUUUGUUGCGAGAGCAGUGUCGAGUCACAAAUCCGAGACAAGGUAUGUGAAAACAACCCUGAAAAUUCCAUCCAGCGUCGAAACUCGCCGACUAAAUACUUAACUACUAGCCGAACUCGUAGAAGAUCUAUUGAAGGAAAGCAGGCUUUUUGAGACCGGGAAUUUAUCGAGGCUGCCAAAGGGCACAUUCCCGGCGCUGAAACUUCGCAAAAUGGAUCAAGUCACAGGAACGGGGAAAACUCAAACACAAGAUGGGCAGUUAGCUAACAGAGCCGGUCACAAAAGAGAAUUUAUUGAACCAGUUUUGGAUCCUUCACCUUUGAAAGUUCCAAAACUUGCUGCUUCGUUUUUCAUGGAAAAGACAAACAUGAGUUACAAUAACCAUGACAGAGUGGACGAAGGGAUUGAAGACGAUGAUAGUGAUGAUAGUGAUGAUGACGAUAGUGAUGAUGAUGAUGAUGAUGAUGAUAGUGAAGAUGUUGACGAGGACAUGCACCCCCCUGUGCUAUCAGGGAAGAAGUAUGUUUGCUCAACUUGCAGAGAAGAAGGGGAUGAGGAUGAUGACUUCUUCAGUUUCGAGGAGAAGUUCUAUUGCAGUGAGGAGUGCUUGGAAAGGGGGCCCUACCAGGACACUCUCGAUACAAAGAGCGGCAAAAACUCCUCCCCUUCCCCCUGUGAAUCGCCAUCCGCUGGGAUCAAAGACCUGAAGCGGCAAUGUAGGGGACUGGGAAUGGCAGCCUCCAUACAAGAGCUGAUAGGCUGCCCUACCCCAAGGUGUGACGGGAAGGGUCACGUGAAUGGUCGGUUCGCCUCGCAUCGCAGUGUGUACGGGUGUCCGAAUGCUAAUAAGGCCACUCGACGCAUGCGCACCGACUCCGGAGAUCAAAUUGAAGUCGAUAGUGAUAAACCAAGGUGUCCCACAUCAGGAUGUGACGGGUCUGGGCACAAGUCGGGGCUUUUUGCGUCACACAGAAGCUUGUAUGGAUGUCCCCGUAGACUGUCCACAGACAAAGACAAAGAAGGCAAAGGAAGUGGAGACGAGAAUAAUGUAAGAUGUCCGACCCCAGGAUGUGACGGUACCGGGCACCGAACGGGCCUCUACACAUCACACAGAAGUUUGUCCGGCUGCCCGAUAGCUGCAGCCCAGAAGCAGCUGGCGCGCCAGUGCAUCAGUCCUCCUGGAACACCGACGCAAAGGAGAGGCCGCCCACCAAAGUACGUAGUUGUUGACCAGAAGACCUCCCCUCAUCCAAGCCCCACCUCUCCAGACUCCGCCAUCUCCUCUGGGUCAAGCUCCGCAUCCGACCCAGACACCUCUGCCAAGCCCCCCUCUCUACCCCGCCUAGAGUCUACAGACACUCCCACACGCUUUCCCUUCCCGCGCGGCACGGCAGUCAAGACCAAGCUCAAGAUCCCGGUGAUCAACCCGGUGCCCAUCCCUCCGGCCAGUUCCUCUUCAAUGCCGAGUGUUAUCACCGCCACUGCAGCCGUCGCCGUAGCUAAUGCCGUCAUUAGCGGUACAAUGACAUCAUCACAACACACACCCAUCCUGCGAGUGACGCCACCGGAAGCGGAAACGAGGUCCCCUGCCUUCCCUACCAGGACUCUUCCGUCACCAGGUCACUUGUCGUCUUCACAGAGUUAUGUCAUUGAGUCUUUAGGGCUGACGCCGACUUCGCCAAAGCAAACUCACGAUUGUGAAUCGCGGGUGGGCCACACAAGUCCAGAUCGUAACGCCUUGCCGAGGCCUGUAGCUGGGCCCAGCAAGACGUCAUCUUUAAAUUCUCCACUGACACCGCCCAGCACUUCUGCGGUGCAUCUCCCAGGGAGGGGUGGGGAGGGGUUGAUGCGGGGUACAGGGCGCCUGGAUCGGAUUGUGGAGUCGUUGAGGGUCGGGCGGAGCCUUGAGGUGGCGAAGGAAGCACCUGACAAUGAGUCGGACAGCAGUAGUGUGAGUGGCGAGGAGGAAGACAGAAGACUUGAAGAUACCUGGCACGAGGACUCUGAUGGGUCCAUAGGCAAGGUUCUGACAGGCUGUCCUACUCCGGACUGUGAUGGGACAGGUCACGUGAACGGCAGAUUUGCAUCCCACCGGAGACUCUCGGGCUGUCCAAGAGCGAUGAAGUUGGUGCCGACCUCCAAGAACCCAACAAGAAAUGAGAUAGGGACCGAUGGAAGAGUCAAAGAAUUGCUAACGUGUCCCACUCCUGGAUGUGACGGGACAGGCCACGUGUCCGGCCAGUAUGCAUCACACAGAAGUUUAUCUGGUUGUCCGCUUGCAGCAAAACUCUCUCAGCAAGAGAGCCAGGAAGUCAAGUGUCCCACAAUCGGGUGCGAUGGAUCUGGUCACAUCACGGGAAAGUACUCGUCACAUAGAAGCCUUUCAGGAUGUCCGCUGGCCCCUAAACUCGCUGCUGCAGGCACGGAUCCGACCGGGAAACCAGCGUCAGAAAAAGUUGGACCAACGUGUCCUACUCCAGGGUGCGACGGCUCUGGUCACUCAAGUGGACAGUUCACUUCCCAUAGAAGCUUGUCCGGGUGUCCGUUGGUGUCACCUACCGAGAAGAAAAUCUUGAUGCGCCAGGAAGCAGAGAGUAAACUGUUCGCGCAGGCGCAAGCGCACGCCCGAACCUCUGAGGAGAGAGAGAAGAUCGUCAAACUUAGAUCAGGACGGGGUAAACAAGAGUUCGAGGCGGUAAAGGAGCUAGACCGUGAGAUCAACACUCUGCGCUCGUCCAUCGAGGAGUCGGAACGGGUCAACGAGGAGCUCGAAGACGAGGUCGAGCGGCUGGAGAACAGACUGGCUUCGUACAAGGAAGACAACGCAAAGGAUCGACACAGCAACGGCGUCCUGGCCACCAAACUCGCCAUGCUCCAGACUAGGUUCAUCGCUAGUCUGUCCCACAUCGAGAUCCCGGACAUCAGCGUCAAGCUGAACUUCGAUAACGUGGACGAGUACGUGGAGCAGCUCGAGACCAUGAUAAUGAGUAACCCCGAGGGCAAUCGCCGACUCAUUAGCGAGGUGAAGGAGGCUGUAGCGGACUUUGCGCUAUAAUCCCGCUGUAAUCACCGCUUUAUCGACUUCGGCUUGCUGUGAAAUAUUGUAGCACUGCCAAGGUUCGUUGUUCAUAAAAUUUUAUAUUCGCCGGUCCUAGCAGAGAUCGCUAAAGAUCGCAAGUAUUAUAAAUUACUUAAUCCAAAGCUAUAUCCGCGGUUUCCGUAAACGUCACAGUUGAAAAGCAAUAAUUAAAUAUAGUAUUCCCGAAGGUAGCCCUAGUAAUAACUGCAAUGGGACGCCAAAUUCCAAAACUGGUAUUAUUGAUGCCUAAAAUAAUGAUCCAAAUGGCAUACCUUAAUGUAGUUGAGCUUGUAGAAUGUUUCGGCUUUCACAUUCAGUUACUAGCUCGUGGAGCCAAAAGACCAUCGAACUUAUGUUGUGUAUUAGAUACCCUCAAGAUAACAUCAUCUUGUCGCUAUUAUAAGCUUAGUUUUAGUUAGUUUAUAUUAUUUUUCUAUUAGGUAUUUCUGAUGGUUUGCAGUUCGUAAGUACUGUAUUAUCCCACCGGAGAGAAGCAAUUGUUUAAAAGAAAUGCUUUAUUUUUAUUUCACUUUUUAUUUCAAAUAUCUAUCAAACGUCGAAGUUUCAUUGACUUCAAUUAUAGAGAAAGCUAUAUAAAAACAUAUAUAGAAACAGGAACCAUGAACCUAAGUACAAUUAACUUACUAGCACUAAAUACCUGGGUUUUUUUUUUUUUUCAGCGAAUUGCUUGCAUGUAGUUAUGCCACAGCUUCAACGUCCUUAUUUUUUCUAAUUUCUGUAUUAGUCGGCUUCAAGUGACACUGAACUUCUUAUGAGAAAGCGAAAACGUCUCUUUAUUGUAUCUAGUGUAUGCGAAAACGAAAACGUCUCUUUAUUGUAUCUAGUGUAUGCGAAAACGAAAACGUCUUUUUUAUUGUAUCUAGUGUGUGGCAGAGUCGAAUUCCAGUUUUUGGUGUAUAGUGUAUGUUCAAAUAUCACUCAGGAUCUUUUGGUUCGUUUACAAAAUAGCAUACCAAGCCCCAAGGGUUUAUCCAGUAAAAAUAAACCCUUGGGGCUUGCAUGUAGUUAUGCCACAGGUUCAACGUCCUUAUUUUUUUUCUAAUUUCUGUAUUAGCCGGCUCCAAGUGACACUGAACUUCUUAUGAGAAAGCGAAAACGUCUCUUUAUUGUAUCUAGUGUAUGCGAAAACGAAAACGUCUUUUUAUUGUAUCUAGUGUGUGGCAGAGUCGAAUUCCAGUUUUUGGUGUAUAGUGUAUGUUCAAAUAUCACUCAGAAUCUUUUGGUUCGUUUACAAAAUACCAUAACAAGCCCCAAGGGUUUAUCCAGUAAAAAGCGUGUAUCAUAUUUGAUAUGUUUGCUUUCAAAAUAUUAAGAAUUUUUAACAUUUAUUUUGCUCAGGCUUUUGUUUGCUGUUUUAUAAAAUCAUUGCCUUAAUCAAACCUAAAAUAUAUUUUCCCGCUAAAUUCAGUGUUUCCCCCAAUUUGGCUCGCCGUUGCGGAAGCUUCGCCGACAAUGUUAACGCGUUUAACGCUUUGCAUCGUUUUUCAAGCGUUGAUUUAAAUGUUGAUUUAAGUUCCUGACACGUUUUUAUUUUAUUGUAGUUCUUUUAAAUCGGAUUUAUUUCUAGUAAUCAUAGUAAAAGAUAAAAGUCAUAUUUAUCAGAGGAUAUACAUAUUUAAUUGUAGAAAACACGUCUUAAAUUCGUGAUCUGAAAGAUUAUUUUUUCUAAAUUAUAGCCAGAAAUAUUAGUUCAAUUAUAUAUUAACAUUAUAAUGUCCCACGAGCAAUAUAACAAUGAUAAAAAAUAAUUAUAAUAAUGAUAUUGUAGUAAACGAUUUCCUUGAAGUGGAUAUCCAGGACUACAAAAAUUUACUAGAUCUUACCUACGUUGGCAUGGUCAAAUAAAUCUUUAUUCCGUUAAAUUAAUUGUACAAACAAAUGGAAUAAAAAUAUUAUACAAGCUA